UAUACUUUCCUACUUGUUUUCAUAUAAAAUUAUGACACAGCGUUAUUUAUUAUUGGCAUUUUUAAAGGGUCUGGAGUUUUUCUUCAAAUUUGGUUAUGCCUUUUUAAUCAUAACACUGCUUAUAAUGAUAUGGAUGUCUCUGGCGCGAGCAUCACUUUAUAAUCAUCGAGAACUGGAAGAGAUGAGAUAUCCACCAUGUACAUAUAAUUCGUUUUGUACGUGCUCAAAAUCAUCAUCCGAUCUGGGUGUUGUUUAUUGUAAAAACGUUCCCUUUCCAGCAUUACCAAGAAUGGUAAACCAAUCAAAGGUUUUCAUGCUGCACAUGGAAAAUACUGGAUUACGAGAAAUAGAGCCAUAUUUUUUACAAUCAACAGGAAUGUACCGUCUUAAAAUAUCGGGGAAUCACUUAACCGAAAUACCAGAUGAUGCUUUUACCGGUCUAGAACGUUCCUUGUGGGAACUUAUACUGCCACAAAAUGAUUUAGUUGAAAUACCAUCGAAAUCAUUUCGUCACCUUCAAAAACUCAGACAUUUAGAUUUGGGUCAUAAUCACAUAACACACAUACAACAUGAUUCCUUUCGAGGUCUUGAAGACUCACUACAGACACUCAUAUUGCGUGAUAACUGCAUUUCAACAUUACAGGCUCACAGUUUUUCAGGUCUUCUGAUAUUAGAAACAUUGGAUUUGAGUGGCAACAAUUUAUUUGAAAUUGAUCCUAAUGUCUUUGUGGAUGGUAUGCCGAGACUAAUGAAACUGUUAUUAACGGACAAUAUACUUUCGGAAAUACCAUAUGAUGCUCUGGGACCAUUGAAAAGUUUACGUACGCUGGAUAUAUCGCACAAUGUUAUUUGGUCUAUGAGUGGUAAUGAAACAUAUGAUAUACCAUCGACCACAAAGCUAAAUUUGGACAAUUUACAUUUGGAAUAUAAUAAUAUUAGUAUGUUGCCACCAAAUUCAUUUAAAUACUUCGAUGUUGUUAAUCGAACAUUUUUGGAUGGAAAUCCCAUACAUACAAUGAAGAUACACCUUACAUGUGCUAAGGUUCGGACGUGUCUUAGCACAAUAGCGGAAUAA